CAAAAUCAAGUUCAAAAGUGUUGGCGGCUGUAAACAAGACAGAAAAUGUUAUUUUGAUCCGAGUUUUAUAGAAAAGAAAAUGUCAUUCCCAAAAGCAUCAAUCAAACGUUUCAAUGACAACCAAGGUUGUGCUCCCCCACCUGGCACUUAUGACCCAAAACAGUGUGAGAAGGCUGCUGGGUUUGUUGUCGACAAGACAGAGAGAUUUAAAAUUCCAAAAGCGGAGCAAACUUUCAAUGUAAGCUCAUUCACCUCUACAAGCACUCCAAACAAGAAACCUCCACCACCACCAAACAAAAAGCCUCUAACAACAGUGGACCAGAGUCAAGUGAAAGAAUUGGAAAAAGAGAUUCGCAAGCUAGUUAAGGAGCGGACAGAUCGAGAAAAGCUGCUAUCACAAAAGGAGGAAGAGUUGCGGAAACUUGAUGGGCGACUGCAUAAUGCCACAUUGGAAAGGAGCUCCCUCCAGGCUCGCAUUGCUGGAGCUGAGAAGGAACUGAAAGAGGCUAAGAAAUCCAAUGAUCUUCUCAAAAAUAGGGUGUCAACAAGCGAGAAUGUCGGUCGGAAGUAUGAGGAGGUGCAGGCAGAGGUUACCACACUCCGAGCUGCCGUACGAGAGAAGGACGGGGAGAUCACUCGGCUACGGGAACAGCUGGAGGCAACGCUAGCGACACUGGUAGGGGAGGUGGCAUGGUUGGACUCGAGCUUGGAAGGUUUGGAGGGAAUGUUGUCUAAAGAUGGAAAGGGAGAGGACAUGUCCCAGAUGAAAGCUGAUGGUACAGUUUCCUCACCAACGAGGACCAGGAAAACUGCAGAUAUUUUGAAGAGGCUACAGAAUGAAAAGCUUACAACAGAUGAAAAGUUCAAGCUUGUCAAGAAAGCAUACGAGGUUCUCCAUGCCCGGAUGACAAGUGUAUUCCAGCGAUUAGAGAGCCAAACUAGCGAGUUGGUGGGCCAGUAUGAGGGUCUUGUGUCUACAAACAGCCAGCUGAAGGCUGCAGUACAGGACAUACAGGGACAGUUACAUGAGGCACUGCAGGCCAGGACAGAACUGGAGACUCACAGGAAGAACCUUGAAGAGAACACCACCUUUUUACAGACACAAAUUGAAAGUCUCUCAAAUGACAAUAACUUCAUGAAAGACAAUAUAAAGUCACUAACAGUUAAUAUUGAAGAGCUACAAGUUGACAAAUCACAACUACAGCUGCAGUUUGAUGAUUUACAGCAGGUACAUGAAACAGCAGUGAAAGAGAACUGUGAGAAAUUGAGGUUUUUGGAAGACAGGGAAGUUCUUGUAAGUCAAUCCACUUCUGGGCUUCAUGAACGCAUUGUCGAAUUACAAGCGGAAAAUGAAGACCUGGCUGCAACACUUAAGGAAACUGGUGAAUUACUUAGCAGGACUAAGGAAGAAAAUGCCAGGCUUGAAGAAAUGUUCGAACACGCUGAAUGUAAAUGGCAGGGUGAGAAAAAGCAUCUUCUGAUUCAGGUGGAGGAGCUUGUCAUUCAGAAAUCCAUGGUGGAAAGUCAGUUGACUGAUACAGAAGUUAAGGUGAAGUUACUGGAGUGUGACCUUGUAGAUCAGAAGGCUUACACAGAGGAACAGAUACAAAAUUUGCUUGGACAGUUGGAUGGUGAGAAAGCAGAGCUGGUUCAGUUACAGAACAAACUUGGAGAUCUUGUGUAUGAGAAAUCUCAGUUGCAUACAGAGAUAGGGCACCUGGAAGCACAGAUGAAGCUAGUCAAAUGUGAGGUUGAUGAGACAAAAUGUGAAGCAGAUAAGGUUGUGGAUAACUUGAAAGAACGUCUUGAGAAGUUAACCCUUGAAAAAACAAAAUCGGAUGAUAAAACCACGGAGUUGAAAAAUCAGAAUGAAACACUACAGUGCACACUUGAAAAAUUCCAAUCAGACUUUGAUGACUUCUCCGAGAAGUGUUCUUUAGAGAAAAAUGAUGCACAAAGUCGGGUGUCAGACUUGAUCAGCGAGGUGGACGGGUUGAGGGAACAGCGGGACCAGAUGAGUCAUGACCUGGAGGACAUACAGCUUGAGAAGGCAGAAGUUGAUAUGGAGGUGGCCAAGCUGCAGUGUAGGAUCAACGUGCUUGAGAUGGAGAGUAACCAGACUCGUGAGGAAUAUGAGGAACAGUUAGCUCAUAACCAGGAUGAGAUCUCGGCCAUUAGGGGAGAGAAAGAGCAGAUGGAACGUGACAUGGAACGACACGGCAUUGACCUCCUUACCAAUGCCUCUCAGAUCCGUGAACUCCAGGAACAGCUGCAAUUUAAAACCAGUGAGUGUGGUAGGCUAGAAGCUGAGAUUGAGGGCCUCCAAGACCAGCUGAAGGGGAAGGAUGAGGCCCUAACUGGGGUCCAGGCUGACCUUGCUGACCUACAGAAGUCUUAUGACCAGAAAGUGUGUGAGAUUGAGGAGCUGAGCCAGGAGACAGACAGGCUGGCAGAUCAGCUACAGACUCAGGGGGAGAAAUAUGAGGACCUUGAGAGUCAAUACCAGCAGGCGAGGGCUGACUUCCUCAAGCGUUGUGAUGAGCGAGAUGAACUAUCAAGAAAGAAUGAGGCCAAGGAUGCCAGCAUACAGAUCAUGUCUAUGCAGUUGAUAGAGCUGGAAGAAAAAAUGAAAACUCAGGAUGAAAGGCACAUGCAGGAGCUGAAAGAGCAAGAUGCGGAGCUGACUGCAGCUAAUCAGAAGGUCUCCAACUACAAACAGCAGAUCGUGGACUACAAGGAACACCUACAGACGAAGAGUGAAGAAGUUGAUGAGCUUCAGCUGCGUGUGGAAGAGCUUGAUGCAGAGAUCACAAUGGCCGCCCGCGAGGCUGUGGACUACUGUGAACGCAUUGACAUACUGAAGAGAUACAAUGGUUACCUGUAUGAGAAGAUGAUCUGUGUCACCCACACCGGGUACCAGAUCUUUGACGAGAUAGACAACGCUAACUCCGGUGAAAAGGAGGGUGUUGAGGUUCAGAAGUCUGCCCUGGUAGAGGAAUAUGAAAAACAGCUGACUGAGCUAAGGGAUCAUGUGACAGGAGCAACAAAUACGCACGAGAUAGAACAGGAACUGGCAAGAUACCGUCAGCUGUAUGAAGAUCUACAGGCCAAGGUGGAACCCUUCAUGGACCAGUUGGAUGCUUUCGAGGCUGAGAAAAACAUGCUGCUUGGUCAAAACAAGGAUGUUCAAGCUGAGAUAGAGAAGCUGGGUCGGAACUACGCCCAACUGCUGGGACAUCAGAACCAGAAACAGAAGAUCAAACACAUUGUCAAGAUCAAGGACGAAAACGGCACUCUCAAAAAGGAGAACUUUUCCCUGAAAGAGCAGGUGGAGAAACAGAAGCGUCACAUUCGGAAGCUGGAGGAGAAGACUGUCCCACGGAGGUUUGCUCCAGAAAAGGCCUUCCAACAUGGGAAGGAGAACAUCACAGGACCAGCACCCACAGGAAAAUCCCCCUUGCGAGAAGUGAACAGAAAAUGAAGCGACAGACUUCAGGGAAAUAACAGCUGACAUGAAGGCUGUCGACGAUGUAAAUAUCUGUAUAAUAGUUUGGUCUUACUUAGUGAUUAGGGAAAUGUUUAAAAAUUACCUUAAAACAUGCAGAUAUGAUACAAAAUGUAUGGAAAAAGAUCUGAAAUUAUUGUAAAAUUUUGCAAGAGGUAUGUUAAAAAUGCUGAAAAAUAUUGAAAACGUUAAGAAGUGCAGAAAAAACACUUGUUAACCAUACCAGGCACAAAGAAUUUGGGUCUCAUACCUGUUGUGUUCAAAAAUAGAUGAAUAGUUAGAACAUUGUGACUUUCAAUGUAUAUACAUAUCAAUCUGUAUCAACAAUGAAAUAAAGAAAUAAUGGUAAGAAAUGAAUAACUCCAUUUAGGCACUUUAAACGCUGUAUCAAAGUAGAGAUGAUUUUAUUAGAACAACUGCAGUUAUUUAUUCUUAUUAUGUUAUAACAUAUCAGUGUAAUUGUGUAGUGUUGGAAGUUUGUAAGGUUCUCAAAAUUGUCACCAUCCUAUCGGUGUGUAUCUAUGUACUUUGUGCUGUUGUCUUUCUUAUGUAAUGUGUGUUUUUGUACACAUUUGUAUUUUAGCAUAGUCAUGUUGGUUUAGGAAUUUUAGAAUGAUGUAUAAAAUUCUUUAUAUGAUGCAUAAUAUGUCUUUUUAUGUUGAACCUUUAACAAACUGUUUUAAUCCACUUUUUUUAAUAACACAAGGACACAUGAUGAUAAUUAUGCAAUAUCUUAUCAAAUUGAUAACUCUUAUAUGUCAAUGUAUGUUAAACUUACUUCCUACUGUUUUGUUUUCAUGCAGUUGUUUUAUCUCUUCUGUAAUGCUAAAUCUGAUCUUGCUGUCUUUAUGUACCAGGGACUUGUCAUUUAUUUGUGAAUUAUGUGAAUACAAACAAUUGUAACAACUUGAAAAUUGGGCAAUAAAUUGUACACAAUUGA